AUGGCCGGACCCGAUCGUUUCGACAAUCUAACAUUCGACGCUCUUGGAAAUUUUCCUAAAAACGGAUAUGCCGCUGAAGUCACCGAUCAGAGUUCUCUUAUAGGGAUGAAACUCGGUCUCCCGUGGAAUCCAUAUUGGUCCACGAUUGGCGCCAUAAACUCGCCGGGCCAGCGCGAGGCAUAUGAGAGCCGCGUUCAUGAGUUGAGAGCUGCUGGAGCCGAGAUUUAUAACAUCACUGAUAUUCCUAACAUUGAGAACGUGGCCAACAAGUACGGCUUUGGUCAGCCAGCUGAUGUGCCUGAAGAAUAUGGCCAACUCGUUGCCUAUAACACCCUUCUUGCCGUGGCAUAUGGCGAAUUUCUCCAAAACUGGACAUUCCCCGAAUCUGACGAGCGACAUGGAAUGAGCAGUCUAGCAGAAAUGGCAGCAUGGAAUGAUGCACACAACGACACUACUGGCGCCCUUGGCAACAGUACCUGGUGGUACAACACGGUUUCAGGACAAGAUUUCUAUGACAACGCCAUCGCAACGAAUGGAACCAUGGGCGACGAGUUCUGGAAAGCCUUCGGUUGGGGCCGGAGGACCGCUCGCGAGGUCAUUGACGGCGGACAUGCGUACAUCCUCGAUAACGGCACUGUGAUUGAACUUGACGGCUUGCUGGUGCCGAACGAUCCAUCUGGUGGCCACGAUAACGCUUGUGCCUCGAUCCCUUCGUAUGCUGGAUAUCCCGUUGCGUCGGUGCCAAUCGGUCAGAGCGGUUACGGCACCGCUUUUGGUUUCUGCAUCUACGGGCGGCAAUAUUCUGAGGCGCGAUUGAUUCGCGUCGCGUCGGCGAUGGAAGACCUGUUUCGCUGGACCUCAACCCUGGAGUAUCACAACUAUGAGACUGCUGAGCGGCCGUGGGACGCGCCGUGGCCGGGGUACGUUUGCUCUGAGGAGUCGUUGGAGAGAUACGCUUGCGAUCUCAGUCUUUGA